AUGAAGCUUUAUUGCUUCGUUAUUCUCGUAGUAUUCAUUUCUGGAAUAUUUACCGUAGGAGGAGGAGAAUGGGGAACGAGAGGAAUGAUAGGAGUCAAUUCUUUACCUUUAUUACCAAGUACUAAUCAAACUGAAGAUAUUUCUCAUUCAUCGGCACAUUUAGUGAAACGUAUAGACCCAGUCGAACAUCAAUCAAAAUCAAGCACCUCUAAUCAGGAAGAAAAUGAUGAUGUCGAAUCCAAACAACCACCAUAUCCCACUAGUCAUAAGGAUGAUAACAAUAAGGGGAAAGACGAUGAGACGGAACAAAACAACAAGAAUAGUGGUAAUGAAACACAGCCCGAACAGUUAAUACAUCCUGAUCAAGCUGAGGAAAAUGAAGACACUGCCAAACAAGUGAAAGAAGAAGCCAUGAUCAUUAGGAAAGUUAUCAUCGUAUUGGGUUCUCUUGGUGCUUCAUUAUUAUUAGUUGCUAUUGCUAUUGCUGUAUUAUAUUGGAAAGUCAGAAGGCAGCAAAAAUUAGUUAAAAUUGUUAAAUCUUCUUCUUUUACACUUUCAAAAGGAGGGGAAGACCUUGAUAUAAGUAAUAUGAAUGGGAAUAACGUUAAUGACAAUGACAAUGAUGGAAAGAGGGAUAAUGGAGGUGGUGUAGGUAACGGAGAAGCGAGUAUGAAUGAUGCAUUUGCUUCCGAAAAAUCAAGUAUGGGGAAUAAUUCUAAUUCGACAAAUGUUGUGGAUAACGAAGUUGGUGGUGUCAGUUUUCGGAUUGUCGGUAACAAUGAAAUGAAUCAUGAAACUUCGGAUUCUGUGCAAUACCAUCACCCACCCGUACAACUUAGUUCCAUACGGCAAUUAACGCCUCCCGUGCAACCAUCUGCUCCGCCUGCCGAAAAAGUGGGAGAUACCGAUUCAGACAUUCAAAUCGAUAAUGUUACAUUUUCCACUCCAAUUUUAACAGCUCCUCCGGCUUAUUCGCCCACCGCUCCUCCAAUAUACGCUUUACCACAUAUUCCAAUCCCCGAAUUCGAUGGUUCUGUUAGAGAUAUGAUUUUAUAUAUGGACGGGAAUAAUAAUUACCAAUUAGCUCAACAGCAAAAUUUACAAAAUUCUGAUUCGAGAAAUAUUAAUCAUAAUAAUAAUGGAACUUUUAUAAGUUUACAUUCUUCUGUCUCUUUACCUCCUCUUAAUACUGGUGUUUGGUACGCUGCUGGUCCAACGUCGCAAACAAAUACCCCUAUUGAUGUUACUCCUCAUCAACAAUCAAAUCAUCCCAUAAUAAUACAAUCCAUUCAUUCCCCCUCGAACUUAAAUCCGCAGAAUUCUACAUCGAAUUUACAUUCAUUUUCGGAUUCAAUUGAUAAUAAUGAAAAUAAUAGUCCCACACAUCAAAGACAUGAUCCAUCGAUAAUAUAA